AUGAAGAUUCUCUUACUGAACCCCAACUCAUCAGUUGGCUUGACAAAGAACAUGGAGCAAGUAGCCAACGAUGCUCUAGCCACGACUUCAAUGGAAAUAGUGCCAUAUACUGCUCCGUACCCUGCACCCAGCAGUAUCAACAACGGCAAAGACAUUGCGUGCAGCACAGUAGUGGUGAUGGAAGAUGUCAUCGCAAGUCAAAUAAAUUUGCAGCAAUAUGAUGCCAUCUUGGUCGCAUGCUUCAGCGUGCACGACCUGGUCCCCAAGCUGGCAAAUUUAUCUGGAAACCCCGUGAUUGGGUUAUUCGAAGCCAGUAUUUUGACGGCGCUGUCAUUAAUUGCACCCUCGGAAAAAUGGGGCAUCAUCACGACCGGAGAAUUCUGGGAGCAGCAUCUUCUGGAUGGUGUGAAUGACUUUUUGGGCGUUGCGCGAGGCGUCGGCAAUAAUAACUUUGCUGGCGUAUAUACUACCGGGUUAUCAGCCAUUGAGUAUCACGAUGCAUCGCUGGAGCUUAUCAAGAGUAAGCUGACUACGGCGGUGAAGAAGCUCUUGCAGGCUGGGAAUGUUAGCUGCGUGGUGCUUGGCUGCGGAGGGAUGGCGGGAUUGGAGGGGACUAUUCGAUCGGUGGCUGCGAAGUUGUUUGGACUCGAGAAGGCGAGGAGUCUCUAUAUCAUUGAUGGGGUGAGGGCUGGUGUUGCGCAGUUGCAUUAUGCUGUCCAUAGUAGAGGUGUGUUUAGUAGAGGCAACGAUAUCACAUUGUAG